AUGCUUCUGAUGCUGCUAUCGGAGGGGUCUGUGAACAGUUUAUCGGUGGUCGUUGGCAACCGCUUGCUUUCUUCAGCCGGCACCUACGCCCUCCUGAACGGAAUUACUGUGUCUGAUCCCUGGUCUGCUCGUUACCAGCGGCACCUGGCUUUUGUUUCUGAAUUUACAACCGAUGUUCGGCACGUGGCCGGCAAGCUGAAUCAAGUGGCCGAUGCUUUGUCCCAUCCUGCUGUCCAUGCUGUGCUGUCCUUCGCCCCGGGGUUGGAUUAUACUGCGCUGGCUGCUGCCCAGCGCGAUGGUGAUGAGAUGCAAGGAUAUCAUACUGUUGCAUCGGGUUUGGUGUUGGUUGAUGUGCCGUUCGACCCUGCAGGGGUGACAGUCCUGUGCGAUACUUCCACCGGCCAACCGCGACCUGUCGUUCCGGUUGGUUGGCAGCAGCGAGUUUUCGACUCUAUUCAUGGACUGGCUCAUCCUUCCAUCCGGGCGACUUCUGCAUUGGUGGCGGCCACGUUCGUGUGGCAUGGCCUUCGUAAGCAGGUUGCGGCGUGGGCCAGGGCCUGCAUUUCUUGCCAGGCGUCUAGGGUCGAGCGGCAUGUUCGUGCGCCGCUUCAGGAUUUUGUGGUUCCUUCUCACCGGUCUGCGCACAUCCAUGUGGAUCUGGUGGGUCCUUUGGCGUCGUCUCGUGAUGCCAAUCACCUGCUCACCGUUGUGGAUCGUUUCACACAGUGGCCUGAAGCUGUUCCGCUGGACUCGCAUCGCACUCCGCUCCAGAAGCCUUAUGAGGAGCCUCUCCGGGUGUUGCGGCCUGGUGUCGCGACUUUUGUAUUGGAUGUCGGGGGUCGUGAGGAGAUCGUGUCGGUGGCCCGCCUCAAGCCUGCUCAUUUGGAUGUCGACAGCCCCGUGGUGGUGGCCCAACCCCAAAAUGUAAGUUUGCAUCAGUUAGCCCAUGAACGUCUCGGAGAGCUGUUAAGGGUUUUAAAGCUGGUGAUUAGCAAACAUCAGUCAUUGAAUUCGGUGGACAUUCUAAGUGCCACAGGGACAGUGAUUUCUAAAGUAAAAGGUGCCAACUACAAUGAAGUAAAUGAAGAGAAAAGAGAGCAUUUCAGUGAAAUAUUUGCUUCCAUUGACACAUUGGCAUUCACAUUUGGUAAUGUCAUUUCAGACUUUCUUAUGGGAGACGUGGACUAUAGUUCAUCUGUGGGACUCCCAAUCAGUGGAAGAAGCCGCUCCUACGAAAACCUAUUCGUGGGAUCAGGAGGAUCAGUUCGGGAAAAGAAUGACUUGCAAGGGGCUCUCCGAGCAAAGGAGGUUGAUAAUAUGCUACUUAAAAAUGACAGCGGGAUAGAGUCAGCUUUAAUGUAUGCAAAAAAUUGGUCAAGAUAUACCAAAGAUAUUCUGGCCUGGUUGGAAAAGCGGCUUAGUCUAGAUACAGAAUAUGCAAGAAGUUAUUCAAAAUUGGCAGAGUCAGCUAAGAUGUGUAUCGGCCAACAGGUGCACAUGCCAUUUCAGACAGUGUAUAUGUCUGCUUUUGAAUAUGAUAUGGAGUACUGUCAGGCACUUCUUCAAACUGGAGCAGGUCUCCAGUCAAAUAAAUUCAUUCAGCCUCUUCUGCUGCGAAGAAAUGAGCUUGACAAGCAGCGUAAAGAAAUUAAAGAACAGUGGCAAAGGGAGCAAAGAAAAAUGCAUGAGGCAGAAACAACCUACAGAAAGGCAAAUUUGUUGUACAUUCAACGCCAAGAAGAAUAUGAGAAAGCAAAAUCAUCUACAAUUCGAGCAGAGGAAGAACGUGUAACUUCAAGUAAUGGACAAGCUGGAACUUUCAACAAGCACCUUGAGAAAAAAAGAAAACUGGAAGAAGAUGCUUCACAAAAAGCAGAAGAAGCUGGAGAGAAUUUCAAAGCCUCGAUAUCGGAUGCCAAUGAAAAAAGAAGCAACAUGGAAAGCAUCAAAAGUGAAAUACUGACGCAACUACGUGAACUUGUCUACCAGUGUGAUCUCACCUUAAAAUCAGUGACGGUCAACCUAUUUCAGAUGCAGCAUGCUCAAGUAGUCUCCCUUCCUGUUAAUUAUCAAUCUCUUUGUGAAAAUACCAAGUUAUACGAGCCAGGACAACAGUAUUCAGAAUUUGUCAAAAGUUUACCAAAGGAGGAAAUUUCGAUGGAGCCAUACUUUUUGCCAUUUUCUGUUUCACCCAGUGGAGGGCUUCCAGUUACAAAAAAAGCAACAAGUAGUCCUCAUUCUUCACAAGGAAAUUUGUCGCAGACCUCUGGUAUUUCUGUUGAUAUUCUGCCUCAGUCACCUGAUGUGGAAAGUCCCCUUCUUAUCAAGUCCAAUAACAUGGAAGAGAAGCAAUUAAAUAGCAGCAUUGACUUUCAAGCCCAGAGUCAUGGGCCAUUUAGAGCUUGGCCCUCAGGAGCCCAGGGGAGUGGUAUGUGCAGUGAUUCGGAAAGUGGAGGAGGAAGCAGUGAGUCGAGAUCCAUGGAUUCUCCUUCUGCUAGCCCUGGUGAUUUCAAGAGAAGGCUGCCCCGUACACCUUCAACAGGCACUAUGUCUUCAGCAGAUGACUUGGAUGAAAGAGAACCACCAUCUUUAUCAGACAAUGGUCUAAGUGAGAUUGUGGUGGAGAUGACGAAUUCUCCGGGGCCUUUCCGCAAUACUGUAAUGUCAAAGGCAGCACAUACACACAAACUGAGAAAACUACGAGCUCCGUCAAAGUGUCGAGAAUGUGACAGCCUUGUGGUGUUUCAUGGCGCUGAAUGUGAGGAGUGUACUUUGGCAUGCCACAAAAAGUGCCUUGAGACUCUAGCUAUUCAGUGUGGCCAUAAAAAACUUCAUGGUCGAUUGCACCUUUUUGGCGUGGACUUCAUUCAAACUGCAAAAGAUUGUUAUGAUGGAAUUCCCUUCAUUAUUAAAAAAUGCAUUUCUGAGAUUGAAAACCGAGCUUUAAGCAUUAAGGGUAUUUAUCGGGUAAAUGGAGCAAAAUCAAGAGUUGAAAAGCUAUGCCAAGCUUUUGAAAAUGGAAAGGAUUUAGUGGAACUCUCAGAUUUGUAUCCCCAUGAUAUUAGCAAUGUGUUAAAACUAUUCCUUCGUCAGCUUCCAGAACCAUUGAUGUUAUUUCGUCUUUAUAAUGAAUUUAUUGGCUUGGCCAAGGAAUGCCAUAAUGUUACCCUUGAAGAUGAUGGUAAACGAAAACAUCUGUCAGCAUCUAAGUGGUCAACCAGUAUAAGAAAAAGCCAACUUCUUUCUAAGGUCAAAGAUCUACUUGGUCAGUUGCCGCAAGCAAAUUACAACACUGUGCGUUACCUCAUAAGCCAUCUUCGUAGGGUAGCAGAUAAAGAGGAAGAAAAUAAAAUGUCACCAAGCAACCUUGGAAUAAUAUUUGGGCCCACUCUCAUUCGACCAAGACAAACAGAUGCAACUGCUUCAUUAUCUUCUCUCGUCGAUUAUCCACAUCAGGCUCAAAUGGUAGAACUCCUUAUAAACUAUUAUGAAAAUAUAUUUGUUUUUGCACUGUCGCCAUCAUCUUCACAAACUGGAAAGGUAUUAUUCGAUGAAAAAGACAAGGUUAUUCCUUUGCCUCAGGAGGAAGGUGUCACAAAGCACAAAGGACAUCCAAAAGCUAACAAAGAGCAGUGCUUUCGUUUGUCUGGAAAUGAAAAGACAUCUUCCAGUAAGACUGCAAGUGAAGGAAAGGAUCCAAAAUGUAACAAAAACACCAAUGAAUUAGGCCCAGAUAUGUUUUUCGCCUCGAAUGAAUUACCAACUACACAAGCUUCUGAAGUCCAUAAGACCAAGUUGUCAUCUGUGGAAAAAGCUGGUCAGCAGCUUGUCAAAGUUAACAUGCGGCCUCCGAGGCCAAAGCUAGUUAUUUCAAGACCUGCUAGCUUGCCUAUCCCUGAAAUGAUUUAUUUGAACGACAAAAGUUUGAAAGGGCGUAGCAAAACGGACAGUGAAAGUUGUACUAUUAUUGAAGAAGCUCCAGAGAUGCAAAUUCCAUCUCGAUCACCUCCGUGCUGCAGACAUUCGUACUAUGAUACCCAGUCUCUGCGUAGAACUUGGGACAAGCAGUAUAAAUGUUACGAUAUAACUCAAAAAACUGCCAUGAUUGUGGCAAAUAUUGCACCAGAAAACAAAACCAUUGACAAUUCUUUCUCUCCACCUUUUGCUCAUGGCUCUGGCAAUAACUUUACAGGUGGCUUACUUCCCAAUAAACCAAACACAUCGACGGUUAAACAAGUAAAGACCACUAAUUUUGAUUGGAACUCUUUAGAUUCUACAGCCCCUUAUGCAUUUCGACCACCACGAACCUUGCAACCUCCACCUGGCACUUUUUACAAACCACCCUCUAAUGCACUCAGACAUGCAGGCGGUUCGUUGCUCAAACCGGUUGUAGUAUUAGCUGAUAGCUCGGAUUCUGCACAAGGUGGCAAUGGAGCAAUUAAUCCUGUAGAUGAUAAUGGGAAUAAUGGAGCAAAAGAAUUGGAAAGUUCUGCAGCCAAAGAAGAUCAAGGUGAACGUAAACUGGCAUUUCAAAGACUGCGAUCAAAACGAAUUCCACCUGACUAUGAAUACCGAGAAGCACAUUUUGUUUAAUUGACAAUUAAAUGAACUCUUGAAGUGUUAAUCUGCCAAUGUACUUUUUAAUAUUUUAAAAUGUUUUAUUUUGCACCGUGAGAAGCCAUAACACAAUCUGGAAUAAAUCUUUGACGGGUAACACA